UCUCAAAGUAAACAUCAAAGUUCGAAGCUCAGGGUGCGGAAUGUAUAGACGUCACAUGACACCGCGUAUCGCUCGCGUCUCUCCGAAUCGACGAUCUGCAGCUUCUAGACCCCUCAGCAUCAACAACACCAUCCCCAUGGAUACUCCGCAAUGGAUCCUAUCCUAGAUGGGCUCAAUUCCGCCCAAACAGCCGCUGUAGCGUCUCCGUCCCCUAUCCUCCAAGUCCUCGCUCCACCCGGCUCAGGAAAGACCAAGACCCUGACCGCGCGCGUCGCGUACCUGCUCGCGCACCAUGGCUACCGACCACAAGAUGUCAUCUGCUGCACAUUUACCAUCAAAGCUAGUCGGGAGAUGAGGGAACGGUUGGCAAAGCUGAUUGGUGACGAAUUGCAGAGGAAGCUGAUUUUGGGAACGUUCCAUUCAAUUUGUCGGAGAUAUCUGGUGACAUACGGGUAUCUGAUCGGGCUGAAGAAGGGGUUUGGUAUUGCGGAUUCAGGAGAUAGUUUGGCGAUUAUCAAGGUAGGUGGUCUAGGUUACAUGGUCUAUGUGUAUGUGUCUGUGUCUGUUGCUGACUCCUACAGAGGAUCAUCAAGCGACUGCAGGUCGGAAUUCAGCCCAACGCAGCGAGGGCAAGGAUCUCACACCAGAAAGCUCAUGGAGUUAGUCCGGAUGAGCUGGCGGCGAAAUUGAACAAGGAUUCGAAGGUUCUGGAGCAGAGGGAAUUUGUUCAGGUAUAUCGUGAGUAUGAGGCAAAUUUGGCAGCUUCAAGUUUGCUGGACUACGAUGAUUUACUUG